GUCUAAACGGCGAGGUAGAGAGAGAAUGAGAGAAAGGUGACGAUGCCUUUGGUUUCUUCUUCUUCUUCUUCUCACUAUGACCUAAAUUCCUAGAGGGAGAAAGUGGACGAUCUUUCCUAUUGUGCCCCCAAUACUGUGUCCUAUUUUCUUCGCCGCCCAAACCUUUCCUUCUUCAUCUGAUUUAUCUACACAUACCUUCUCCAAGGAGACUUCGAGUGCGGGUCAAUCCUUGGGCGACGGCCUUUGAAUUUUUAGAACAAUCUGCCUAGGGUUAUCUUUUGUGGACUAGUUCAGUUUGAUCGUGAUCUUUGAUUCUCUUUAUUUCCUAUGGAAGCUCGAGUUGGAGGCAAGUUUCGACUCGGCCGGAAGAUCGGUAGCGGAUCGUUUGGAGAGAUCUAUCUCGGUACUAAUAUUCAAACGAAUGAAGAGGUUGCGAUAAAGCUUGAAAAUGUCAAGACGAAGCAUCCCCAAUUGCUAUAUGAAUCAAAGUUGUACAAAAUAUUACAAGGAGGAACUGGAAUUCCAAAUGUAAGAUGGUUCGGGACUGAAGGAGAGUACAAUGUUCUCGUGAUGGAUUUACUGGGACCUAGUCUUGAGGAUUUAUUCAACUUCUGCAGUAGGAAAUUAUCUCUGAAGACUGUUCUCAUGCUUGCCGAUCAGAUGAUCAACCGAGUGGAGUUUGUUCAUUCAAAAUCAUUUCUACAUCGAGAUAUCAAGCCUGAUAAUUUCCUCAUGGGUUUAGGGAGGCGUGCAAAUCAGGUCUACAUCAUAGACUUUGGUCUUGCAAAGAAGUAUAGAGAUAGCUCAACUCAUCAGCAUAUUCCUUACAGAGAAAAUAAGAAUUUGACGGGAACUGCUAGAUAUGCUAGUAUGAAUACCCACCUUGGCAUUGAGCAAAGCCGAAGGGAUGAUUUAGAAUCACUUGGUUAUGUUCUUAUGUAUUUUUUAAGAGGAAGUCUUCCAUGGCAGGGACUGAAAGCAGGAACUAAGAAACAGAAGUAUGAGAAGAUCAGUGAGAAGAAAGUUCAAACUUCUAUUGAGUCCUUGUGUCGUGGUUAUCCUACAGAAUUUGCAUCGUACUUCCACUAUUGUCGAUCUCUACGGUUUGAUGAUAAACCAGACUAUGCCUAUUUAAAGAGACUCUUUCGUGAUCUUUUCAUUCGUGAAGGUUUUCAGUUUGAUUAUGUUUUCGAUUGGACCAUCUUGAAAUACCAGCAAUCCCAAAUUGCCACUCCCCCCACUCGUGCCGUUGUGUCUGGUGCGGGACCAAGCUCUGGCAUACCUCCAGCUAUUGCAAAUGCUGAUAACAGACACACCGGUUUGGAAGACGGUAGACCUGCAGGUUGGGCAUCUGGAGAUCCCUCUCGUAGGAGACACUCUGGUCCUAUGGUAAAUACUGGAAGCUUGUUGAGACAAAAAAGUCCAGUUGCAAAUGAUCCACCCAUGUCAAAAGAUGCAAUGUUAUCUAGCUCACAUUUCAUUCGCUCAAGCGGAACAUCAAGGCGGCCUGCUGUCUCAAGCAGCCGUGAUCCAGGGGUGAUCACAAGUGAGUCUGAUUUUUCACGCCCUCAAAACACUGAUGCAAGCCCAGGAACACUACGUAAAAUUCCAAGCGGUCAGAGAAGCUCACCUAUUGUGUCAUCGGAGCAGAACCGAACAUCUUCUUCUUCAAGAAAUGUUUCGAACAUGAAGAACUUAGAGUCCACUCUUAGAGGCAUGGAGAGCCUGAAUUUUAACAAUGAUGAGAGGGUGCAGUAUUAGCAGCAGUCACUCUCAAAUCAAUCUCUGUCUCUCUCCCCACUGUAAAUUUUAAAAAGGUAUACACCCAUCCAAUCCAUCAUCACGCACUUGGAGUUGAAUUUGAUUUGUUCGAGUCUACAAUGUUUGUGGGGGGAGCUUCAACAACGCCUGGGCUUUUUUUUUUUAAUCACUGUAACAAAUGCAAUAACGAGAAUCCAGAAGCAGAAGUGGAUGCCCUAAAACCCUACUCUACCGUACAAGUAUUACCCAGGUAAAACCAAGAAAGGAAAAAAAAAAGGCUUUUGUCAAUACAUUGAGUUAUAUUCAACCUCUUUUCAUUUUGCUAUUUUUUUAACUUCUUUUCUGUCACGUAUGUUCUUUCUUUGUUCAUCAAACAUCAUAAGCUAUGUUUGUGGUGAAACAAAAAUAGCUGUAAAACUGUAAGUAAAUCAAUAUUUCUAUUCCUGAUGCAUACUCUAGUUGAUUGCUUGUUUGGUA